GUACAGUAGAAGCAUCGGAACAAUACUAGGCCGAACAGAGAUGUGUAGGGUUUUUCUCCUCUCGCUUUAAACGGCCAUCGUCACCUAUUUCCCGCAUCCCUCUCUCUCUGAGGUACGCUUAAAGGAACUAGCUUUGACCUCGUUUACUAUUUUUAUCCUCCAUGAAUCUUCCUUGAAUCGAAAACCCCAUUUUGAAGUAAAACGAAAAAGGAGGCGACUUUUUCGGAACAGGGUGAAAAAGCUACACUGCAAAAAUUGUCAAUUUCAUUUCUGAUUCGAGUCCCGACCAUGGCGAAAGGCGUAGCUGGAGUUUUGCGUAGAGCAUACACUUAUAGAGUUAGGAUUCUGUUAUCGACACGAAAUUUGCAUACUUUUAGAGAAAUUGCCUGUAGAUCUCUUGUUAAUCCAGAAUUCCAUGUGCCCACGACCCGGUUCUAUUCGGAUAAUCCGGUUCGGGCUCAGCUUCCAUGGAACGAUUACAGGUUCGGGUGCUUUGGGUUUGGUAAAGUCAGGGGCUUUUCGUCUACGGUUGAUAAUAACGGUGGAAACGAUGAAUCUGAUAUGGUAGAUUGUAAGGAAAGUCUUGGUUCUGAGAGUGAGGUUUGUGAUGAGGAAGCUGUGAUUAAUGAACAUGGCGAUGUAGAUGAGAGCUUGACGAAGGAUUCCGCUGUUCCUGAGACUGAUGUGAUUGGUAAUAACAGUGAAGAGAGUAGCGAGGCUGCUCGUGCCUUAAACGCUAGGUGUCAAGAUCCUGUGGAGCUAUAUAAAGAGCUUAGGCAAAGUGAAGCGCGUGCUAAGCUUCAGCGUAGUGAAUGGGACACAAUACAUGAGAUUUUCGGGUAUUUUGCGCAAUCGGGAUGGGCAGCGAAUCAGGCUCUUGCGAUCUAUAUCGGGAAAUUGUUUUUCCCAACUGCUGUUAGCAAGUUCAGGGACUUGUUCUUGGAGAGGUGUAACAAGAUUGAGCUUGUUCAAGAUCUUGUUCGUGUUGGACCGAGGGAUGAAGCUGUUAAGUUUCUGUUCCCUGUGUUUGUCGAGUUCUGUAUCGAAGAGUUUCCCGAAGAGAUCAAGCGUUUCAAGAGCGUUGUUGAAUGCGCAGACCUCACGAAACCUGCGACUUGGUUCCCUUUUGCUCGGGCUAUGAAGCGUAAGAUCGUUUAUCACUGUGGACCGACCAAUAGUGGCAAGACUUACAAUGCUUUGCAGCGGUUUAUGGAAGCCAAGAACGGGUUGUAUUGCAGCCCGCUUAGGUUAUUAGCUAUGGAAGUCUUCGACAAGGUGAAUGCUUUAGGGAUUUACUGUAGUCUCUUGACUGGACAAGAGAAGAAACGUGUUCCUUUCGCGAAGCAUGUUUCUUGUACUGUUGAGAUGGUGUCUACGGAAGAGUUGUAUGAAGUGGCUGUGAUCGAUGAGAUACAGAUGAUGGCUGAUUCUAGUAGAGGCCACGCUUGGACGAAGGCUUUGCUUGGUUUAAAAGCAGAUGAGAUUCAUUUAUGCGGGGACCCGAGUGUUUUGGACAUUGUGCGUAAGAUAUGUGCUGAUACAGGAGACGAGUUAGUCGAAGAGCAUUACGAGAGGUUUAAGCCUUUGGUCGUUGAGAGUAAGACCUUAUUAGGAGAUCUUAAGAACGUAAAGUCCGGUGAUUGUAUUGUUGCCUUCUCAAGAAGAGAGAUAUUCGAAGUUAAGAUGGCUAUAGAGAAACAUACGAAGCAUCGUUGCUGUGUUAUCUACGGUGCAUUGCCUCCUGAGACGAGGAGACAGCAAGCGAUCCUGUUCAACGAUCAAGAAAACGAGUACGAUGUUCUUGUUGCUAGUGAUGCUGUUGGGAUGGGAUUGAAUCUUAACAUAAGACGUGUUGUGUUCUACGGUUUGGGUAAGUAUAACGGCGAUAAGGUUGUUCCUGUACCGGCUUCACAGGUGAAACAGAUCGCUGGUAGAGCAGGAAGAAGAGGAAGUCGUUAUCCUGAUGGACUCACAACGACACUAAACUCAGAAGAUCUAGCCUAUCUUAUCGAGUGUUUGCAGCAACCGUUUGAUGAAGUUAACAAAGUCGGUUUGUUCCCUUUCUUCGAACAGAUUGAGCUUUUCGCAGCGAAACUUCCCGACAUGUCUUUUGCAGAGCUCUUGGAGCAUUUCGGGAAACACUGCAGGCUCGACGGUUCUUACUUCUUGUGUCAUCAUAGUCAUGUCAAGAAAGUGGCAAACAUGUUGGAGAAAGUAAAAGGAUUGUCUCUAGAAGACCGGUUUAACUUCUGUUUUGCUCCGGUUAAUGUCAGGAACCCGAAAGCGAUGCACCAUUUGCUUCGGUUUGCUUCGACUUAUAGCAAUGAUAUGCCGGUUAAUGUGGCCUUGGGGAUGCCAAAGAGCUCUGCUAAGAACGACACAGAGCUUUUGGAUUUGGAGAGUAGACACCAAAUUUUGUCAAUGUAUCUUUGGUUGUCUAAUCAGUUUGAAGAGAAGAACUUUCCAUAUGCGGCCAAGGUUGAAGCAAUGGCGACUGAUGUUGCAGAGUUGUUGGGUGAAUCUUUGACUAAAGCUUCUUGGACGAUGGCGACAAAAGAAGAGAUGAUGAAGGGUCAGAAGAAGGAUUAUAGAGGAUAUGAAAGACCAACUUCACUAAUCAAGAGGAAAGUAGAGAAAUUUGAUGUGGAGGAGAAUCCAAGAAAAUGGUUAAAUUAGUUAUUAUUGUUGAGCAAAAAGUUUUCUGAAGUUUCUUCAUUUUUGAUUGGAAUUGGAGAUUUAUCGGAAGAGUGAGUAUCAAAGACGUUUCACUUGGUGUUUGUUGUUGCUCCUAUAAGUGUAACAAAUUUAAAGUUUAUAUUAGAAUUCAAAGCGUAAUUGCGCAGAUUAUAUUCUUUCUCAAUUUUUUUUCAUGUUAAAACAGCAAUGAUUUUAAGUCAUUAUAGUUUAGCUUCUUGUACAUUAAACAAUGAUACCUUUGUAUAAUUAAAUAAUUAACAUGUGUAAAAUAA